GAAUGUGUGAAAGUAAUGGAAGAUCAAGAGGGAACCACUUGCGGAACCGAAGAGGAAAAAAACGCUAACGAAGGAAAAGUACAACCCAUAUCAGGACAAAAGAAGAAACACACACACCAUUCAUAUCUAUAUUGCACGUGGUGCUAUGAAUUGGUUACAGAUGUGAAACGACACAUGUUGCAACGAUGUAAGGAAAGGAUGAAUCAUCUUCAAGGGAAUGACCAGGACAAAGAAAUUUACGAGUCUGCCAUAGACGAAGAAAGAAAAACUAUAAAAAACUUUUUGUUUAAUAUGUGCAUUAGCCCUGAUGAAUUUGAGGAUAGGUCUUAUAGCAAAAAUGAGCUGCUGGAACUUUUUAUGGAAUACGGACAUAUCGUUGUACCUGAGAGGUUUGCUGCGACCUUCAAGCCACCACAACGAUUUCGAAGUAGUCUGGCUACGGGAUUAUUUCCAACCGCUUGUUCAAGGGAAAUUCAAACCAGUUUCACGAACGGAAAUGACAAAAAUGAACCACCAGCAGCAUCCAACAGCCACACUUCAUCGCGGAGAAAAGAGCCUAGCGGUCAAGAAGCAUCAAGGACAAAACCAGACCCAACAACAAGGAGCAACACCCCAUCCAAGCGUUCGAGGAGGAAUAUCGACACCAGCGACGACAUGAUAUCAAGCAUUGAGGAACCAGAACAGGCAACAAAGAGUUACACCCCAUCGAAGAGAUCAAAGAGACAUACCGACACCAGCACCGACGAGAUGGGCACAGACCAGGAAGACAACGAGGAACAACAGAUCAAGACGAUAAGUACAAAUAUUAUACAGAGACUGAGGUAUUCUAACAACGGAACACUGAUGAAGACUGAGGUACCAGCAAAAGAGGACGUUUUAGAUAAAUUUCAUGUCUCCGGAGAAGCAGCAGUGAAAAUAAUAAGAAGAAUACGCUAUUUCAAACAAAAGGACGAGCUAUUGGAAAUAGCGCAUGGAGUUAUUGCGAGAGAGUCGCAGAAGAAACACAAGAAGAUAUCCGACCUUCAAACCCCCUCCAUAAACGUGCAGGACCCAAAAUUUAAAUCUAUUGUGACAAAGGUAUGCGGCGAAAAGAAAGGGGGUAAAAAAACGGAAAAGGACAGGAUCAUCGACCGGAAGAAUAAGAAGACCAUCACCAUAUUAAUGGAUGAAAUUAUCAACAAGGAGAGGAGCAAAGCGAAAACAAUGACGGACCAGGAGAUCAUGCAGCAUCUAUAUAAACAGGAUUGGCCUCACUGCAAGAAGGCCUACCAUUCGGUCAAAGGGAAGAUUGUAUGCAAUGGUUUGCAUUCAAUCCCGGCGGGUACCAUUGUGUGCGACUACCAUGGGAAUCAUAUAACACACACACAAGGAGAACAGCGCCUAAGGAGCAUCGAAAAAGACGAAGAUGCCAAGCACAUGCUCUUUUACAGGCACCCUGUCAACGGCAAACGGAUGUGUGUCGAUGCCGCCACAAUUCCCUGUCUCUGCCACCUCGGCAUGAAAUCAGGAACCAUGAGCAGACUCAUAAGUCACUCUGCAACUGCACCAAAUUUGAAAGCUGUCGCCAGAGUGAUAGGGGGACACCCAUGUGUGCUACUUAUUGCCACGGAGGUAAUAAAGAACAGUGCAGAGUUCUUAUUUGAUUACGGAGUCCGACCGAGUCCGACCGGAGAAAAGAUAUCUUGGUUGCAAAAAUGAAUAUUAUAAUACUGAUUAAAUCAUUAAGUCAGUAUUGCAAUAUGCAUUUUCUACAACCAAAAUGGAUAAGUACACAUUUCAAUAUAAAAAAAUGCUAUAAUUUCCUUAAAUAUUUAGACAGAGAGAUAAUAAUAUGCUUGAAAUGUUUGUAACUAUCUCCUCUUCAUUUUAAUGUAUAGUUUGUAUGGCUAAAAAGCAUAAAUAAAAAGUGGGUCCAAUACUGACCAGUCGUUUUUGCCAAAUAUGGCGGAGAAAUCCUAAUUUUCACAUUAUAAAAAAUGUUAUAAUUUCCUUAAACAUUAAGAUAGCGAAACGCCAGUAUGCUUGAAAUGUUUUUAAACAUCACCUUUUCACUUUAAUGUAU